AUGGCCUCUUGGCACAAGGGCGAGGAGAAGGCCAGCCGACAACGAGCCAUCAAACGAGGAGACAGCGGGCCCAAAAAUAGUCUAGAUACGGCACCAAUCAACGGGGCGGGAGGGGGGCGGGAGGAAACGGCGCGGGAAGAAAGCAAGCGAGAAGAGACCGACCGCGUGACGUGACAUGUUGCGGUUGAAUUUCAGCGACUAGUUUUUCUGUUGCCCUCUCCCCCGUUUGCUGUCGGGUUCAGACUGUCUCUACGGAUAUCCCUGUCUCUGUGCGAGUUUGUUCAUGUCCUCGUCUGUCUUUGGUUUAUUUCGUUUUUGUUUUGUUUGUUUACUGGCACGUACUGUUGACCCUUGGGGUCCUUCCGGAAGGCUACCCCCCAGGCUGGUGGUGCGCACGUUCCACUAUUUAUUUAUUCAUUUGUUUCUGAUACUUUUGUUUUCUUGUAUUUUAUCGCUCUGCUAACCCUUGGGGUCCAUUUUAUUUUGGUAUACCUUUUCUAGGUAGGUUAGCCUGUGACCACGGAAAUUGACCGAGUCAAGUGCUGGAUUAGUACGGAGAGAUUGAGACAGAAGGAGGUAGCAGACGAUUUGACCGGAACAUCAAGUAUCAUUUAACAGUAAUCGAGCUUCCUUCCUGUGGAGGAUCCAUACCCGCUGCUUCCGAAACAUUCCGGACCGUUGCUUUACCCAAAAACAUUUUUUUCGCCCCGAUGGAUGAUCAACAUUUGUUUUGAUGCCGAUGGGUCAUGGCGUGCGAAGUAUGACUGGGUGGUUUACAAGGGCUUCCGUCGAAUUUAUUUGUCGCAGUCCACGAAUGCCUGGCGUUCACACUAACGCCCUACCUUCACGACAGGUGGUGUGCGGGGGGGUCUGCUCCUGACGGGCCAGGUUGGGCUAAAGUGUUCGGCUCCAAAGCAUGCAACAACUUCUCGAGGUUCCCGUGUGCGUACUGCAUGGUUGAGCAACGCGACAACAUUACCGGGGGGGGGCCUGGGAGAUGCCCAGUACGACAUCGAAGCAAAUCGACGUAUCUGGGGCAAGAUCACGGCCGGGUUUGAUACGCUAAAGUCCCUCGCAGACAACCCCGUCGAGCAGUCUCGACAGUCGAUGGUACUGAGGCUUGUCACAGACUCCAACGGCCCCUCCCUGCCCAUGUACGACUCAAUGCUCACCCCCCCCACCGCGGUUGUCCCUGUGGAGCGCCUGCACUUCGAGAGGGUCCUGCCGGCUGUGCCAAGUUUCCUGCCUCGAGAUGUUAACUCAGGGUCGAGGGCUGGUCUCGGCGGUCGUGGCUCAGAACCCUUCUCUGCUAUCCCCAGCUGGCACGGAGCGUCUCAAGGAUAUCGUGUCCAACUACUCGUCUCUCACUGGGAGCGACUAGUGGACACUGCAGUCCAUCAUGCUGCUCGCCUUCCGACCGAUUCUUGCAAAUGUCGGAGCCAUGGUGAGGUUUUUCACAUUAGCGCCCGGAGGGGGGAGGAGACCUCUGCUCUGUGUUGAUCGUACGUAUACUACAUGAUAGUUGCUGAUGGUCCGUCUUACGAAAAAGAUACAGAUAAAUGUACAUGGCUGGGCUGGACGAAAUAGGAGAAAGGUACAGAGACAUGUUUGAGGCAUGGAAUUUAGCACGAGAGACGGUAGCUAUGCUGGGGCACAGGAAUGGGGCUGACAAGGCGGGAAGUGAUGUUGAUGGGAGUGUGAACCGCAUUCGGCAAGUAAGC